CAAAUCGCACUUUUGGUUGGUCCCCUACUUGUAAUUGUCGGAUGGUGGAUAGAACGCCCACUAACGUUGGAUUUCACACAACUGGAAAUUGCUGUAUUAGCUUGUUCUGUUUUAAUCGUCAAUUAUUUGGUCGCUGACAAUAAGGCCAAUUGGUUGGAAGGUGCUAUGUUACUCGCCUCUUACCUUAUCAUCGCUGUUGCUUUCUUUUAUUUCCCAAAUGGACCUGCUGAGAACGAUGCAUCAAAUGCUAUUUGUAAUCCUUUACGAAGAAAUCUUCCCCCUAGCGAAACUAGUGCUAGUUCUGGUGCUGAACAUUAA